UCAUCUUGAGUCAAAUGAUCUCUCAUCAGUUAUACGAGAGUUUAUAAACUUAAAGAAUCAAAACAUUGUACCAACUUUAGAGACCUACCAUAUUCUUUUAAAAUCAUGUGCAAAAACCUCUGAUUUACAAAGUGCCAUCCAAAUUAUCAACCAAAUGUAUAUCGAUUCACAUCAGUCUUCUAUACCAACAAAAGAGACCUAUAAAUAUUUUUUGAACGUAGUUGAAGCAUCUUCAGAUCACUUAUUAACUAUAAGCGUUUUGAGGUCAAUUACAAAUGGCCAAGUUCCUUUGGCUAAUUUAGGUUCUAAAACUCCAAGUUUAACUGAUUUACGACCAAUUAACGUGGAAGUAGAUUUAGAAUUAUGGAAAUUAAUAUUAAGAAUUAUGACUGUACCACAUAAAAUUUAUACAACUCAAAAAAUGGAUUAUUUUGAGGAUGUAAAAGAAUUAUGUGAGACAUUCAUUGAAUCAUUUAGAGGUCCAUUUGAUGAAGAAACUUGGAGAUUGAUCAUACGAGCCUUAGGAUCAUAUCCUAAAGAAAAUGAUACAUUUCAAAAAAUGUUGCAAAGGCUUCAAGAUGAACAAUUAUUGACUCCGGCAUUGUAUUCUGAGAUUAUAUGGGCUUUAUCGCGAAAAUCAAACAUACAACUGGCAAAAACAUAUUUAGAUCGAUUGGUUUCAAGAUUCAAUCACAUACCAUCACGUGAAUCUUUUUACGCAAUGCUUUCUUACUAUGCUGAUUUAGGCAGAUUUAAAACUGUUUCAAAUUUAAUAAAUAGGUAUGCACUUUGGAUUAAAGAUCCACAAUCACAAAUGGCAGCACAAAAAAAUUUAAGAGAUUUAUGGGAAUUUGAUUUUUCAACAGUCUUAAUGCAAGCUUAUGUUCAUGCACUCUCCAAAUAUAUUUUGAGUAAAAAAAAGUCAGAGGAUCAAACUGAUAGUCUUUUGGAUGAUGCAAUGGAUUCGAGAAUACAAAAGACCAUAGAACAAAUAGAUUUUUUUUCAAGUGAUGAUUUUAAAAAUAGUUCAUUUUAUUCUUCAUGGAAGGAAUUGGUUAACAGUCUUUCUAAACAAUCCUCUACUUUAGACCCUAGCUUUCCAAAAUUUCAUCGUGAUCAUUACGAUUUAAUAAUCAGAUUUAAUAUUUUUGCGAAUCAAAUUAGUCCUAAGGAGUUUCCACUAGACAAAAGUUUGGAAAUGCUAAAAAACAUGAGAGGAGAAGGAAUGGAACCAACUUUUGAAACAUAUCGUAUCGUUUUAGAAGGGUAUGCAAAAUCACCAGAAUUUCAGGCUGUUGAUGAAAAGUCUGUUGGUCUGAGAGUCGAAAAAGCUUUGGAAAUCUUUGAUAUGAUUAAACUUGCAGGAUAUGAUGUUGAUAAUAUUAAAGUUUUUCAACCAUUACUAGAAUCCUGUUUGCCUCAGUUAAAUAAUAGAGAAAAUAUUGAUAAGAAACCUAAUUCAGCUGGACAACAAGAGAAGGAAGAAUCAUAUAAUGAAAAUAUUUCAUUACUUCGUAGCUCUCUAACACCUAAGAUCUUUGAAAUAGAGCAAUUAAUGAAAAAUUUCAAAGUAAAACAUACACAAGCCUCUACAAUUACAUUAUUUCAACAAUUGGCUUCGGUAGGUGACUACCAAAACAUGUGGAAACGAUGGACCAAACUUUCGUUAAUGGGGUACCGAAGAAACGAGGAAUUGUAUGAAACAAUAUUAAGAUUGGCAUCAAAAGACAAAUUUGAGUCUGAAUAUGCUAUAAAUGUUGUUAGACAUCAGAUGAAAAGAGAAAAUCCAGAGGUUAAGCCCACAUUCGGAAUUUGGAAAGAAUUAAUGGAAUGUUGUGGAAAUAAGUUGCAUGAAAAGGCAGAUAUUAAUAUUGCAAAUAAUGUUGGAAUGCUUAGAAGUGAUGCAAAUAUAAGACUUAAUAAAGAGGAUAUAAAUUUUAAAUCACAAAUGUUAAUUCUAGGCACAUGUUUCAGGCUACCAGAAUUACAUAAAGAUGGCGAAAUUUUGAUGAGCCAAAUUCUAGAGACAAAGAAAAAAUCAAUCAAUUUUGAAUUUUGGAAGGUGGUUUUGAAUCAUUCAGUACAGAAAUCUUUAAUCAAUAAGUCGGAUGAUUUAAACAUUCACCAAACUUGGGAAAUGUUUGUGGAUUGGAGGAAUGAACAUUUUGGGUUUGAUAAAAACUUAUCUCGUGCAUUUUCCGUAUCUUCACCUAUUUUCAUAGCAACUACAAAACCAUCAAACAGGCAUUCCCCGUCACCCACUUCCUUAAAACAAGCGUCAUCUUUAUCAGAACAAAGUAUUACUGUAAAACUACCACAUCCUCCAUAUCGCGUAAAAGAUAUUGAAGUUGGUUACAUUUAUCUCAGAUAUUUAAUUCAUAAGAAGGAAUUUGCACUAUUUAAAGAAAUUCUAAACCAUUUAGUUUUAAAUUUUCAUUCACUCUCAUUACCAAUUACCCUUGAUCAUAAAUUAACAAAUCAUUCGAUCGACAUUUCGCUUCUUGACAUCAAUGUAUUAGAAGAAUUCGCUUAUAUAUCUUGGAAACAAAAUAAUUUUGAUAAUUUAAGAUGGUUCCAAAAAAACAUUAUCGAUAGAGUCAGCAUAGAUUCUUAUUUGAACCCUUCUACAAGUUCAGUCCCAAAUUAUAACGUAGACACUGCUAAAUUAGAAAGUUUUAAAACUCUUUCAAAAUGGUUAAAAAAUUGUAUAAAAAUGUCAACUGGUAGGGAUGAUUUACCUUCUUCAUCCACACAA